AUGACAGCUGGCAAGAGAAGCUGGGGUGCCGGUAUUUGGUUCUCUCAGGCUACGCCAAAAUUCGCUUUCAUGGCUUGGAUCACAAUGAAGGACAGGUUAGCUACUAUGGAUCGUGUUUUUGGUUGGUGUCAAGGGGUAGACACUACAUGCGUUCUAUGUAAUAACGCACCAGAAUCCAGAAACCAUCUCUUCUUUGAUUGUUCCUUCUCAUCUCAACUUUGGGAACAUCUUACGAGGGGGUUUCUGCAUAGCUCCUUCUCCACUAAUUGGGAUGCAGUUGUGAGGUUGAUCAUUGCUCCAGGCAUGGAAAAACAGAAAAGGUUAUGUCUCAGAUACGCGUUUCAAACUACUCUGUAUAAGCUGUGGAGAGAACGAAACAAGCGGCGACACGGUGAAAGGGCUCUUCCACUGCAGGUGCUGUCUAAACUCACUGACAAAGCUAUCCAUAACAAGUUAAGCCUACUACAAUCCAAACGAGUUAAAGGUCAUAUCUUGCAAUACUGUUUUAGUACAAGGCUGUAA